AUGGUGGCGACACUGUGGGCCAUUCUUGUCCAGCUUCACCCAACUUCUGCAGCUGCUGCUUACAUGAGUGGUCAGUGCCUUCAGUUCAUGAAGUCGGUCCCGAAGGCGCUGGUCGGCAUGCUGGCCUUCAUGGCGGCUACUGCGGGCCCUUCCUUUGUGCGCUUAGCUUUGCAACGACCCGGGAGGCUCUUCUGCCCGCGUGUGCGUCUCGGCAGGCGGGCCCAAGGCGGGAACAAGGCCUCCGCUGUUCUGGCCAACUGGCUCGGCGACGAGGCUGCUCUGCGAGCCUGGACGGAGCAUCGGCGCGAGGAGAUCAUCCCCCAGCUGGCCUCCUGGAGCCUCGUUCGUGUGAGAGAUUUUGUGCCUCAGCCGGUGGCGGAGGAAGCUUUGAGAAUUGCCGAGGAAUUGGCCGAGGAGGACUGGAGGCAGACCGCACCAGUCGAGGCAGACGAUGCAGUGCAUCGUUUCAGGUACCGUGGUCUCAAUGAGACAGGGGAAGCCUUCAAUGCUUUGCAGAAAGCCUUGGAGGGGCUGAUUCCAGCUAUCCGCUCUGCUCCGACAAGGGCGGAGUUUCGAUUCGGCCGCUACGGGCCCUCGGACUUCAUCGACACGCACACGGACGAGGGUACCUAUGCAGCAUUCGUGGACGAUCCGUCCCUGUAUUCUCGUCGUAUUGCAUUAAUAUGGUACCUGACGAAGAAUUGGACAUGCGCUGACGGGGGUGUCUUUAUCGACGACGAACCUGACUGUGUGGGGGGAGGUGCAGAAGUUGUGCCAAGGUUUAACGAAGCCGUCUGUUUCCUGGUGCCACGCUGCCAUCGCGUCAGCCCAGUCGUGGCAACGGAUCGCUUCCGGUACUCGCUGUAUGGCUGGUGGUACACCCGCGGGGAGUACAUACCGCCGUGGCAAAGAGCUUCAGUUCGGGCAGCCAAGCUACUUUCCUUUGGUUAG